AUGUACAACUAUGAUGAUUAUCACGACUGUCGGCAAUAUGAAAACAAAGUUUAUCAAUUAAAAGUUACAUUUCCGGGAAAGAAGCCACUCUACGCUGCAUUGAGACUUCAACCCAAGGGUUCGUUCGAUGAAUUAUUCAGUAUUGGUGGCGGAAACAAUGCAGCUGAACUCGGUGAAACAAUUAAUCGAGUAGGUUAUUACAAAUGUUUAGGAAACAAUGUGAUGCAAUUGACUGGUCUCGGUUAUCUUUACAAAACUGAUGAUGUGCUGUUUUUGAAAGAAAAUGGUGCGGUAGUUAUUCAUGAUUAUCACUUCCGCUUGUCGAAUCGUGGCCGAAGAAUCAAUGGCAAGGUCAAAUUUGCUGUUUUCGAAAAUGGUCUGAAUCCAUUUACCACAACUGCAGAUCCGAAAUUGAUCGGUGAUGAAGGUGUCGUUGAAGGAGAAUUAUUAAAAUAUCGCAAAUACUUUACACUGAAACUGUAA